UGUGCUGAGCAGGCUCAUACUCGUUUGAAGGAAGCACAAAGAGGAGUCCCAUCUUUCUCUGCACCAUUUUUUGCCUUCAUUGCCAUCGGACAAGCGUGUGACACGCUCGGGCUUGGACGGGGACGAACACACACACACACACACACACCAAAGCACUCUCCAGUCGAGCUAUACGUACAUCCAGCCUCCAUUGGCCGGUGCUCGCAUACGAGCGGCCGAGUACGUGUGGAAUGGGGACGGCGGAUGGGACGCUUUGACUCGGCAGAAUGCGGUGAUUUCCCCAGUUUGGUUCAGGGGAGCCGGACGCUUCAGAUGGUUGAUAUAUGCGUCAGGUCGCACGUCAAAUGUCUGCAUCUAUUGAAUAGCGUUUGCACGGGUUCGCUUGCACGAACCGCCCCAUUUGUCAACAUCGACAGACGACCCUUCACCGUCGAGUUGGCAGCAAACUCAUAUCAUUAUUAUCCUUCUUAUUCGUUUGUGCCCAUCCGUGCUCAGCCAAAGCUGGCCUGUACUAGUGGCAAUCAGCAACAUCAUUCGCAUUAUCUUCUGCGGGGUUCGUACUCGGCAAUCGCAGCUGCCGAACUCGUGUCGAGUCGACCAGUUGCAAAGCAGCUUUAUGAUGAUUCGCGGUUAUUUCUUAGUCGGCACACUCCAAUUGAUCACGACUUUUGGCCAGCCAUCGACGGUGCUUCCACCAGAAUGCGAUGGCGCAGUCCUCCUUUUCAAUCCGGUCAUGACGUGCUAAGCUUCCUGCACCUCAUCACGGAACUCGUCAGAACAGGACAGCAUUCCUACAACCCUUUUUAA